UACAGUUUGAUUUUUCUUUAUUUGAAUUGCUGAAUAUCUUCAUGACUUAAGAUCAUAUAUCAAAUUUCAAGUUAAACAUCCGGGUUAACUUAAUUUAAUUCACCGAAUGCAGUAAUAGAUGUAAUUUUUUAAAUAAAAAAGUGCUUAAAGUUUUGCUGUCUAAGUUGCAUUCUUCUUCUUGUAUAUUUCACUUUUGUUUCAGGAUUGGACCGACCGCGAUGAGAAUACCGAACGAGAACUCAAGAUUAGUUUUAACAACUUUUACCGGUGUUGUCAUUGGUUUCUUCUUAGGAGUAUCAUUCCCAGUUGUGUUACUAGAUAAGGCAUUAUUAGAUUUCCAUUAUAUUCUAUGACUCAUUUCAAUCUGAUUAUGUUAUAACUGAUUACAUUUAAAUGGAUAAUUACGGAAGAUUAAUAAGUUUCAGUGUAUCAACUAUGCAGAAAACAAACCUAUACUCUACCAUGCCUUCGUCCAUUUAUCUUGAUCAUAUUAAGGAGAUGUACCCGGGCCUCUCGACCCAAAGAAUCUUAAAUCUCUGGUCUUCUCUUCAUCACAAUAAUGACAUGUCAUCGCCUAAUGGUACUAAGAUCUGGGCUACAGAAAACCCGAGAGGUGCUGAAAGGCUACCCCCGGGUGUAGUUGAACCCGAGUCUGAUUUCUAUCUCCGCAGGUUAUGGGGUAAACCUAGUGAGGACUUGACUAUCAAACCGAAGUACCUUGUAACCUUUACUGUGGGCUAUGAGCAGAAAGAAAUAAUUAAUAAAGCAGUAAAGAAGUUCUCAGAAAACUUCACUAUUUUGCUCUUUCAUUAUGAUGGUCGAACAAGUGAAUGGAGUGAAUUUGAAUGGUCAAAGAGGGCUAUACAUGUCAGUGCUCACAAACAAAGUAAAUGGUGGUAUGCUAAACGUUUUCUACAUCCGGACAUUGUGGCACCCUAUGAUUACAUAUUCAUUUGGGAUGAGGAUCUUGGAUUAGAUGACUUUGAUGCUGAAAAGUACAUAGAACUGAUAAAAAAGCAUGGCUUAGAAAUUUCUCAGCCCGGUUUAUCAGAAAAUAGUGGUUACCUAUCAUGGCAAAUGACCAGAAAACAGAAUGAUACAGAAGUGCAUAAAGUAGCGAAGGAAAAAGAAGGUUGGUGGUGUCUUCACCCACAUUUACCACCAUGUGCGGCAUUUGUUGAGAUUAUGGCCCCUGUAUUCUCACGGAAUGCAUGGCGUUGUGUCUGGAAUAUGAUCCAGAAUGAUUUGGUUCAUGGAUGGGGUCUUGAUUUUGCCCUUAGAAGAUGUGUAGAGCCUGCUCAUGAGAAGAUAGGAGUUGUAGAUGCUCAGCCAAUAGUUCAUCAAACACUUCCUUCACUUGGGAACCAGAUUAAUUACUAUAUUUUUGAAGGGCAAAGCAGUAAAAGGAAAGGCACCACGAGAAGCGGUAAAGAAACGGUGUAAAAGAGAAUGGAUAAUGUUUCAUAUACGGAUGCGAUUGGCAGAAAGAGCAUAUUAUAAGCUCAGAGAAAUGGCAUCAAAUCAAACCAAUACCGCACCAUUAAUAUAAGUCACAUUCCGAACAACCUAAAACAUCAAAGAAGACAGUCAACUGCUGUAUGAUAUUUUUUUAGUUUUGCGUAAACUUGAUUGCAUAAUUUCUGGAUAAUCAUCAGCAGGCUUAAAAUUUCUUCGGUUUCAUUUUGAGAUCGAAUUCAUGUAACCCUAUAUAAAAUAUAUUAUACACCUAUCAUAUGCAUUGUUCUUUUUUCUUACACCUUUGUUCUUUAGCUUUAUUUGUGUGCUCUUAUUGUUCAAUCCCAUGGAUAUCCAAACAAGCUUCAUCAGUAAUCUGAAUCUGUUAAAAGAUCCAUUGGAGGCCGUUCCAAGUUAUAUGAUCCUAACUAUAGAAGGCUGUGUAUUAUCAAGUUUUUUUGCCAGCUUGGGUGAUGAUAUAUUAAGUCACUGGUUGACCAUUAUAUCCUCAAAGUCAUAUUGAGUUGAGAAAAAAAUAUUGAUGAACUCAUCGAAAUUGUUGAGGUUUUGCUUGGUCUCUGACGUCCAUCUGGCGGGAGCACUGUCCGUACAUGAUGUCAGACGAACUUCCUGUGUCAAGGAACACACACUUGGACCUGUAGUGUCCGAUUAAGGACUUGAUCACUAGCGGGCGCCUAUGUGACGGUCCGCCUCUCACUACCGGAAAAUUUACUUUUUGCUCCUUCCAUGAUUGUUGUUCAUACUUCAUAGAUUGCGGUCCUUCCUUGAUAUCUUUAAGAGGUGAGCAAGCUUGUCUGAUUUGAUGGCGGAUUCGAUCUGAUUCUUUAGUUGGAUACAUUCGUCAGUUUGGUGCCCUACAUCCAGGGGCGGAUCUACUUUGGAGACACCGGGUUCCCAGGAACCCAUUCGGUUUCGAAUUAUUAGUGAAAACCUAUAUAGAAAAUAGAAAGCGAACCCAUAAAUAAAUUACGAGUGAACCCAUAACAAAGAAUCUCAUGUGAUAAGCUGUUAAAGCGCUCCUUUUCUAAUAAUGUAGACUUUAGUUCGAA